AUGGCGUCUGCUGCUCUGAGACAGGAGCUGGUCUGUUCCAUCUGCCUGAGCAUUUAUACCGAUCCUGUAAUCCUGAGAUGUGGCCACAACUUCUGCCGGGUCUGUAUUGAUCGUGAGCUGGAUACACAGGAAGAGUCUGGAAAUUACAGCUGUCCUGAAUGCAGAAGAGAGUACCGGAGGCGUCCGGCUCUGGAGAAAAACAGAAAGCUCUGCAACAUAAUAGAACAUGUCCGCUCUAUUCCAGUACAUGCUCCUAAAUCCUGCCCAAAGAAAUGCCCCGUUCAUAAGAAUAUCCUGGAGUAUUUCUGCACUGAGGACUCUGCCUGUAUCUGUGUGUCCUGCUACCUGAUUGGGGAACACAGAGGACAUCAGAUGGAGACAAUGGAUGAGGCCUUUCAGAAGAAAAAAGAGAAGCUGAGAAAUGUUCUACAGAGAUUGUUCACAAAGAGAGAGGAGACUGAGAAAAGAGUCCAGAGUCUGCAGGAGUGCAGGAGAGAAGAUCAGGGAAAAGCAGCGGAUGUAACAGAGACAGUCACUGCCCUGUUUAGAGACAUCAGGAGACAACUGGACGACCUGGAGAAGAGAGUCCUGAGUGAGAUCUCCAGGCAGGAACAGCGCGUUUCACUCUCUGUAUCUGAUUUGAUCCAGCAGCUGGAAAUACAGAAGGAUGAGUUGGCCAGGAAGAUGCGUCACAUUGAGGAGCUGUGUAACAUGUCUGAUCCAGUGACUGUCUUACAGGAACCAGACACAGGUGACUUGUAUGAUACUGAGGACACAGAGAGACAUGAUAACCAGGUCCGUGGUGCAGGAGAUCUGGAUGUGGGUCUCAUCUCAGAGACAUUACACACAUUAUCUGAUAUAAUAACACGUAUAAAUACAGGGGUCUAUGUGCAGAAAGCUACAGAUCUAUUACUGGAUGUAACCACAGCUGGUCAUUAUUUACAGAUAUCAGGUGACAGGAAAACUGCAUCCUGGUCACGUAUAUACCAGAAUCAUCCAGUAAAACCACAGAGAUUUCAGUAUUAUCAGGUACUAAGCACCAGGAGAUUCUCCUCAGGGCGACAUUACUGGGAGGUGGAUGUCAGUAAGUCAAAGAGCUGGAGGGUGGGGAUGUGUUAUCCCAGUAUAGUCAGGAGAGGAUGGCCGUCACACAUUGGAUGUAAUAACAAGUCCUGGUGUUUGCGGAAGAAUAAUCAGUACUUCGUGGUACAUGACAAUACAGAGAUCAGGGUAGCUGACAAUAUCCCCUGUGACAGAGUGAGGCUAUAUCUGGAUUAUGAGGCAGGACAGCUGUCCUUUUAUUAUCUGUGUGACCCCAUCAAACGCUUACACACCUUUACUGCCGCCCUCUCUGAGCCUCUCCAUGCUGCAUUAUGGAUCGCCAUGUCUGCAAUUAAUGCAAAAAAAGUGAAGGAAAUCAAUCAUUUAAACAGAUCAGAGAUCGAUGUCCAUCCUUUAACAGGGAAGCUCAUGACCUUCCCAAUUACCAUCAGCCCAGCAGAGCUGGAUCUCUGUAAAGCUCAGGCUGCAGGUUACAGUCUGCAAACAGGCUUUACGCCUGCAUCCAUCACCCAGACAAUCGCCGUCUUCCUUCCUCUCCAGCUCUCCGGUGUGUUCCCAGUGUAG